AUGUUCGAAUCAACCCUUGUUAGUGAAGAAAGAGCUCCGCUAGAUACAUACAACAGGCCUACCGCUAGUUCUUCUAUUGCUGUUACGGAAGCGAUUCCGUCUCUUUGCGAGGUCUUGGUACAUAAUACCGACGUUGGCCCGCAUGAGCACACAAAUAGCAUUAAUAGAAGUUACUCAGAUUUAGAUAGUAAAUGGUUUUUAUUAUAUGCCUCUGGUCUUUGUUGGGCACGGACAGCAUUACAACAGCCAUUUAAUCUUGCACUCGCACGUCAACAAACAUGUAGUGCUGCUAGUUCCAUGUCUGCUCUGCAGAUUGUACGUCAUGUUUACCGUUCAGAAGGUAGACUGCGUGGUCUCACACAGGGAAUGGCCGCCCUCACAUUAGGAUGUGCUCUUAGUGAAGGGAUGUAUUUAUGGUUGUUUGAAUACAACCGUGAACGACUUCCGUUAGAGAAUGACACCUCAAGAGAUGCGGUGUCUGGAUAUAUCUCAGAUGCGGCAUGCCGUUUAAUUCAUUUACCUCUUAGCAUUGUUGCCCUUCGACAAAUGACAGCCAAUAAAGUGGCGGGUCGCAGUACACAACAGAGAAAUGGAAUGUUGCGUACAUUCUCAGGAAUGUACCGUGAAGGUGGAAUACGUACGGUGUUUGCUGGAUACGGCACAACCCUAUUAGUGGGAUGUCAAUGGACUGCCAUCUGGUGGGCAAUGUAUGGCUAUAUGAAGAGUCAACUAUAUCAACUAGCGGAUGGAUUUUUAGAGGAUGCGGAACAGUUGAAAAAGAAGAGAUAUUUAAAAUCAGAAGCCGAAGACCAUAAAGAUAAUUUUUAUUCUACAUCAUCCCUUUCUUCAUGGAAAGAGUGGUUAUGGGCAAAAGAUGAUAAUGUUAUCUUAAACUCUACCGCAUCUUUCUGUACCAGUGCGACGACAGCCGUGUUAUUUAAUCCCUAUUUGGUUUUACGUGCCAAUCUACAAGUAACACCAAAUGCUUGUAUGUGGAGAGUUGCACGGGAUUUAUAUCGUACGCGUGGAGUACGUGGUUUCUACGGUGGACUUGCAUUAAAUAUUGCAACGUGUCUAAUAGAUGGUGUGUUAGCAUCUACAUCAUAUGAGUACGCCAAGUUAUGGUCGGAUAAGACGCAUAUGCAGAAAGGUAUGUAG